UCGUCUAGAGUUGUUUUAAAAUAAAUUCAAUUUCUCAUAACCGUAUUUUGAAAUAAAUGUAUUAUUCAAGUUAGUUGUUUUGGUUUAUAAAUUGAUAUAAAAAAUGAUUUUACUAACAUUUACUUUCGUGAUACUUACAUUAUUUUGUGAAAAAUCAUUAUCUAUGUAUCCAAAUGUUCCAUGUCCUAAUAUAUUUCGAUACGUGCGAGCUUAUGAUCUUGAAAUGGGACUCAUAACUCUUGAGAAUGUGAAUUAUGGAGAAACUGUAUUAGAAGUCGAACUUUCACAACCUGGAAGUUUAUAUCCGGGCAUGGAAGGAUAUCUUAAUUUAAACUUCGAUGAGAAUAAAAUUUCAGAUUAUGUAAGAUCAGGAACUCCAUUUACCUACAAGGUAAAUUUUCCUUUAAAAAAUGUUGUUCCUCAUGUCAGUGCCAUAAGAAUAAAUGGUCACACUAUUUGUUAUGGUCGUACAGUUCCUCCACCAAGUACAACAAUAACGUUAAGAAAUACUUUGACAGUACCAGAGCCGUUCAAUUUUCAUCAAUUAUAUAACCAACGAGGACCGUCUUGGACAAUUUCACCAACAUUACAAACUCAAUAUCCAAGCGUCCCUUGUCCAAAUGUAUUUCGAUAUGUUCCUGUUAGUGAUUUGGAUAUGGGAUUAAUAACUAUUGACAGUUUGAACUAUGGCGUGAAUGUUUUGGAGCUGGAACUAUCGCAGGCUGGAUCAAUAUAUCCGGGCAUUGAAGGAUAUCUGAAUUUAAACAUUGAUGAGCAUGAAGUUUCUGAAUACUUAAGAUUAAGAAGACCAAUUACCUAUAAAGUUAAUUUUCCGCUUAAAAAUGUUAUUCCUCAAGUCAGUGCUAUAAGAAUUAAUGGUAACACAAUAUGCUUUGGUCCGAGAGUUGGUGCACCUAGUACAACAAUGACGUUAACACAUACACUUACAGUUCCAUUUCCACAUAAUACAGAUUCAGGAAGAUAUAUAUUAAGGCCACCAAUGCGUUCACCUUGGGUUUCAGCGACAAAUAAUGAUUCAUGGCCUCAAUAUGGAAAUACUAACUUCAAUAACUUUGACUUAAUGCAACCUAAGGAAGAGUCUAGGAACCCCUUCUUGAGUACUAAUAAUGGCUUCAGAUAUAAUGUUGCAACUCCAAAAACGGAAAUAUCCGAAGGACAAUAUUAUGCUACAGAGAACCCACCAAUUUAUGCUCAAACAAUAGCACCUACUUCAACUACUAUAUCUCCUACAACACCAACACCACAAACUACUACAACAACAACUAUUAAACCUGAAAAGACAGUGUCCCUUGAGUAUAUAAACUCAUUAUGUGGUUUGGAAAACUCUGAUUUUAGAGAAAAAACUUUAAACGGUGAUACAAUACACAAAGCAAGAUUCCCAUGGAUUGUUGCACUUUUUAAAAAGAACUUAGGAACGCUCUCUUUUCAAUGUGGCGGAAGUUUGAUAUCAACACGAACCGUUAUCAGUGCUGCUCAUUGCUUUUAUUCCGAGUUCGAUCAGAUAAAGGAUGAGAAUAUUUUGGUAUCAAUGGGUCGUCAUAAUCUAACGGAUUGGUCAGAUUCAUACAUCACUCAUCGAGAUGUGGAGAAAAUAAUUCGGCAUCCAGAUUAUAGACCAGAAUUGGUUGAUAUCGAUGCAGAUUUAGCAAUUGUUCUGCUAAAAGAAUUGGUUAAUUUCUCAUAUUCAAUAAGGCCAGUAUGUUUGUGGCAAGGACCCAGACAAGUUCGUGAAAUUGUUGGUGUGUCAGGAGUUGUUGUCGGUUGGGGCCGCGAUCAAAGUAACAGCCAUGUCACAACUGCACCCAGAUUAGUUAGUGUCUAUAUUGAUUCGGAAAUAACGUGUAUCAGAUCUAAUCGACAAAUGUUCUAUUUAACUUCAAAUCGAACUGUGUGUGCGGGUAAUCGAAAUGGAACGAGUCCAUGUAAUGGAGAUUCCGGCAGUGGUUUAAUAAUGCACAAUCGAAAUAAAUGGAUGAUUAGAGGGACAGUAUCAGCUGCUCUAGGAAAUGCUGUAAAUCAAUGUAAUUCUGAAAAUUAUGUUGUGUAUACGGAUAUAGCAAUGUUCGUUGAAUGGAUAAAAGAAAAUAUGCUGUUGUAAACAUUUAAUAUAUUUUGUAGAAAUUUAAGGUGUUUAAAAAAUAA